AUGGAGGGCGCGAGCGUGUGGGAUAUUGAUGCGUUUCGUCCAGGUGGUUCUGUGGAAGCUGAGUGUGAAGCGAUGGAGCUGAAGCUGCGUGAGUCUCGCAUUGAGAUUACCGACGAUGUCCAGCUGCAAGAGGCAGGAGGUUGGCAGAUGGUGCACUUGGAACACAAUCCGGCCGCCGUGAAACUCGCGCUGCGCCACUUGAAGGCCUCCCUUAAUAUGCUUGUUCACGACCUUUUCCAUGCUCGCUGGCAGCAGGAGGCUGAUUCUGGGGAGCCAUUGCGCGUCCGUUGGAUUCCGGCCUUCUUUCCCUUCACUUCGCCCAGCUUUGAGGUCGAGGUCUGGUUCCGUGGCAAGUGGCUUGAGAUUCUCGGUACAGGCAUUGUUCAGCAGCAUACUCUUAACCAGGCGGGCAUACCUGAGAAGCUUGGCUGGGCAUUUGGUCUAGGACUAGAGCGCAUUGCUAUGGUGCUCUUUUCGAUCCCAGAUAUCCGGCUCUUCUGGUCGCGAGACGAACGUUUUUUGAAUCAUUCGCUCCUUUCAUUCAAGCCAUAUUCCAAGUACCCACCAUGCUACAAAGAUGUGUCGUUCUGGAUGCCCGAACAAUUCCAUGAGAACGAUCUGUUUGAGACCGUUCGCGACCAGGCAGGUGAUUUAGUGGAAGAUGUUGUAUGCAUUGACGACUUUGUGCACCCCAAGACAAAGAAGCGCAGCCGCUGCUACCGCGUAAACUACCGGAGUAUGGAUCGCAACCUGGAGAACGAGGAAGUAAAUGCUAUCCAUGCCAAGGUGCUGGAACAGCUGGUCUUGCGCUGCCAGGUAGAGAUUCGAUAA